CAGUGCAUGAAUAUACAAGUACAACUUCAAAACCGGACGCCAACGAUUUCACUCGCCUCUGAGGCUGCUUACUAACAAUUUGGAGUCCGUUCAGAGCACCACACCCACCUUUGUUUUUGAUGGAAAAGCUGCUGACUUGAUCAACACAGGCUGAACAGACAUGGAAGCUGCAGUUGGACUGUUGCUGGUGUUGCUUGGAGUCUCUCAUGGUGUGGAAACUCACUGUGAUGGCAGACGGGAUGGAGCUCAGUGUUAUGGACCUUUGGGAGGAACUGUGAAAAUCCAGCUGAUGGACAACACUUCAGAAAUUAAUAAAUACAAUUUGUUAAAAAAUACAUUAAAAAUAUUAAAUGUAAGAAAUAAUAAGGUUACUUCUAAUUCUAUAAGAGUGGAUCUUUUCCCCAGUAAUGGAACAUUUAGGAUCAAUAACCUGAGCAGCUCAGACAGUGGUAAAUAUACCCUUCAAACCUUUGACUCAGAUGGAAGAUCAUCAGGCGGGUGGACUUUACAGUUGUUCAUUCAAGCUCCUGUGUCCUCUGUCCUGCUGGUUUCUGAGUGUCUGUCCCAGGGAGAGAUGAGGGUGUCCUGCUCCUCUGAGGGAGGGGACAGUCCUCAGUACAGCUGGACUCUGGAUGGACGCACACUGACAGAUGCUGAGCUCCUUUCUGUAAAUAAUGAGACUAACAUCAUCACUCUGAAACAGCACGUGUCAGGACAUCUGGUCUGCUCAGUCAGUAAUAAUGUCAGUAAUGUCUCCAAAGAGGAGAGAAUAUCGACCUGUGGCUUUAUUUUCAUUAACUGUACUUCAGUCAAUGGGACACAGAUAUCACGGUGGGUGUAUAAAGCUAAUAACACCCUGUGUACUCCACCAAAACAGACUUCUGUGGGUAAGGAUUAUGGAACUACCAUCAGUGAUGAGCCAUGGUACAUUAGAAAUUUGCCACUGAUCGGUAGUGUUCUCUCAGCGCUGGUAAUUUUCUUGGUUGUUGGUGUAGUAGUCAUAUGUGCUUGGAGGAAAAAGCAAAACAGCAAACCUACAAAAAAGGAGGAAGAAGAUGACCAGGAAGUCUUUGCUGAUGUCAAGUUUGUCAAAAGGCAGGCAAACCAAGCUGAGAAAAAAGCUGCUGUGGAGUACGGCCAAGUAAAUUCUGCAAAGCGACCUCGGAGGCCUGAACCAGCAGGAACUGAUUGUGUGUAUGCUAACGUCCAUAAAGUCAGGUGAAGAAGUGCUCAGUGCUUUUGGACAGACAGCUCCACUGAAAGUAGCUGGAGUGAGGAGCUGAUGUUAAGAUGCCUAAAGGUCCUUCAUUUAAUGUAAAUUCCCCGUAUAAAAUACAAACCAUAGCUUAUAAGGUUUAAUGUAUUGGACUAUUUAACUGUCACUUUUGUAAUAUAUCAGGUCAUUAACACAACUAUUGUUACAUGACCUCUUGAUUUAAUUACAAACACUGAGUGUUUUCUGCAUCUGUACUCUGUGGAAGCCUUUGACUAGUUCUUCACUUGGUAAAGGUUCGACCAACAUGUAAAUGGAAACAUGAUAAAGAGAAAGCAUUUUAACAUUUAUGAAAAUAUGACUGUAAAUAAAACGUCUUUUGUACCACACUUGUUAUGUGAACAAAAAUGUAGCUUUUCAUAUAUUUUGGUUUUUGCACAGACACACUAUAACAGUGUAAUUGUAGAAUAUAAAUGGGAUAUACCCCUGAGAGUGAGUACAUAGUAGUGGUGGACAAGCAGAAGAGAAAGACUGUAGUGACAGAUGUGGCUAUACCAAGUGAUAGAAACAUCUGGAAGAAGGAACACAAGAAGCUUAAGAAAUACCUAGGGGUGAGAGGGAAGCUAGAGAAGAUUUGGAAGGUUAGGCCAGCAGUGGUCCCAGUGGUAAUCAAAACACUUGAGGCUGUGACUCCCAAAAUGGGCAAGCAGCUCAGAGAUUCCAUGAACAACAUCCGAGAUCUGUGUCCAGAAGAGCACAGUCCCAGGAACAACAAAGAUCAGAUCAUCAAACAAAUUUAAAUAAAAGACAAUGAUAAGACAAAUAAACAGAAAAUGGGAGGAUAAAAUCCAAACCUACAUAGCCCUGUGUGAAAAACUUGUGGGACAUUUAGAGACCUAUUAAGAUCUAUUAAGAUGGUGGUUUAUAGCAGUUGACACAUCGCUGUGGGUAUUAGGGUGUGGAGUCCGCUUGCCUGAUAUGUGUCCACUUGAACAAAAGCUUUUAGUGAUAUAUUCACCACUAGCUGUCCUUCUCAGGUUAUUGAUCCUAAUUAUUGCAUUAGUGGGACCACAAACCUGUUUCUGUGUUAUAAAGUAGAACCUUAUUCUUUUUUCCAGUGAGUACUUUUGAUUGAUCCUUUAACAGCUAGAAUCUAAAUAUGCUGUCUAAAUAAAGUGUUAUCCAUCACUUAAAUUGCCACAGAUCACCCCAAAGCUUCAUAGUGCACCCUGCCUUCACAAAAGGUUUCCUCAUCUGCAAAUAGAAAAAGAGCAAGCAUCACCAUUUCGAGUUAUCAGUCCCAACCAGAAGGACUCUGACCACAAUUUGUAAAUGUUAACCAAAAACAGAAAAAAGACAUUUGGUUGCACCCAUCUGUCUUAGUCCAUGCUAUGCAAAGGUGCUUUAUGCAAGUCUGUGUCUGAAACACAUUUAGGGUUCAGCUAACAACACUAAACAACAGCUAAAUAUUACACCUGGGAAAAAAAGUCAAUUAAAUUAAUUCAGUUUUAUUUACCUGUUUAGCUUCAUGUGACGGCAUCAUGGCCUGCUGUGUCACCACCAAUAAUACAACUUACACUACUAAUGAAAAAGAGACACUGUAGGGUCACUGUUCCUAUCUUCAACCAACAAAAGAAUAUCAUCUAACUAGUAAUCCC